AUGGCUCCACGGGUGACUCGCCGAACUGUUGCUGAAAUUGAUAGAGAAUUUGAUGAGUUGACCUAUGCUUUAUCUGAUCCAAGGGAGCAGUUGAUCACCUCUGGGGAAAGAACAAGCAGGUUACGUCCACGUGCCUCUCGAGCUGACAAUACAAGUGAUCAUUUGGAUUCAGAUGAGGCCAUGGAUGAAAAUAUUCAAAUAAAUGCUGCAGCACACAACACUGAAGACCCUGCUAAGAAGAGUGGUAGAAAAGUUACAACCAACGAUCAACUUCGCAAGAGAAGAGCAAAAGGAAACAAUAUUGAUAUAAAGUUCCCUAAUGAAUUUGCAAAAGUGUGUGGAGAACAUGCUAGUUUAUUUAAAUGUGAGAUAACAGUUCUUAAAAGGAGGAACCAAAACUCUAUCAAUAGAGGAAAGCAAGAGAUGGGGUCCAAAGUAGGAACUAGAUCAAUUGCUCAAAUCGCUUAUGAUCCGACCAAGCUACAGGAAGCUGCUAGGAUACAUCAAGAAAAAAUUUCUUCGACGCCGGUGUCCAUAGUGGAGCACUUCGCACUAGUUCUUGGUCGAAAGCCAAACCAUUCAUGUGGUGUUGGCAUUCGUUCUAUAAACCGAGUGGCUGAGGAAAGGAUCAAACUGCAGGCGCAAAUUGAGGCUUCUGAACAGCAUGAAGCUGCAGCUCAAGCACGUGCAGAUGCUGUUGAGCAACGUGCUGAGGCUGCUGAGCAACAGGCACAAGCUUUGGAAGGCCAAGUUUCCACGGUGGUCGAAACAAAUGCACACCUGCAAGAAGAGCAGCAAUCCCAACGUGAUGAGCUUACUUCUUUGCGUCAAGCACAUAGUGGAGAAGUUGCUCGUCUAGUGAGAGAACAACUUGAUAAUCAAAUGGCUGAAUUAAUCGCACGCAUACAUUCUGGUGCCUCGUAG